GGCCUCGUCGACACCUUACCCGCACCUGUGCGCCUCUGUGGCACCUGCACCCUGCCUAUUUGACCCGCCUGUCGUCCCUCGCCUCCACCGCCCGACUUGCUCUUGUUUCCACCGCCCGUCCCAGAGCGAAUUGUUAGAUUCGACAGACCAGGGCGCGUGCGGUAGAGCAGGAACAACCACCACCACCACCCCCGUUCUUGCUACCAUGGAUACCACCUUCAUCACCAUUCACGACCUUUCCGAUGACGCCCACAUCUUGUACUCUUCCGACUCGAUUGUCGACAUCCUCGGCCAUACGCCUGACGAGGUAGUCAAUCGGUCCGUGUGGCAAUUUUUUCAUCCAGAUGAACUCCCUCUGGCCAGGGCCCAUCACAGCCGCGGCGUGAGACUGGACAAGGCUGCUGUCUUGUCCUAUUGCCGCCUGAAGAACCGCCAGGGCGAAUGGGUCGGUUGUGAAUGCUGCUUCUCCGUCGUCUACGAUGUCCUCGUUUGCUGCACCAGCAUCUACAGACAUGGCAUGCAGAGCCAAAAACGCGCAGUCGAGGCUCCUAUAGUGCGCAAGCUAUUCGCCUCGUCGCCAAAGGACCCGCGCUACCACAUGUUGUCUCACCUGUCCAGCAAGUUUGACCUCGGCCCCGAUGAUCAGACUCAUGAGCCGCGAGCUGCCUUGUUCCUCAACAGGUUCACGCGUACCCUGACCGUCAUGUACGCAACCAGUGGAAUCGAGCAAAUCAUUGGCAUCUCCGGAGAGGCUAUGAAGGGACGCAGCUUCUAUUACUGCAUUGCUCCCAAUUGUCUUGAAGAUGCAGUCCGCUGUCUCGAGUCGGCCAAAGGCAACGAUUCCAUUGCAUACAUGCGCUUCUUCUUCCGGGACCCGCGCCAGGACGACGCGCCUGAAGCUUCCUCGUCUGAGAGCGAAGAUGACAUCAUGACGGAUGUUACAGGCUCCGACGAUGAAUCCGAAGGUGGAGUGGGCCUAGACGGCCAUUCCACAUCCAACGGCACAAGACAUCCGUCAGACUCAAACCGCAACACGGAUAACAGUGCAGAGCGGUCUGCGUCGCGCACCAACUCUGGCGGGAACAAUGACCCCAACAAUCCCCACCAAACCAUGUUCGGUGGAUCGGCUGCCCGCUCGUCGUUGUCGUCCGUGAGUUCGCCUCGUUCCGAGUUCCGCGACGAUCCCAUCGAACUCGAGGCUGUCAUAUCCUGCACCUCGGAUGGCUUGGUUGUGUGUCUACGUCGUGCCCGCCCAAUGUUGCCAGGUACCGUGCCAGUGGCCCAGCCAGCACAGCAAUACAACGGCAUUUACGCCGCGCCAUGGGCAACACAACCCGUGUUCCAUCCUGCUCCGCAACAAAUGCCCCAAUACCCUCUUGGCGCUCGGCACCCAGCCAUGGUGCAGGCAGGGCCGUCUAUGGAAUUCCAGAACAACUUCAUGCAGAGCAUUCGCGAUGUCGCCGUCUUUGCGUGGGCACUUACUGGCAUCAACGGCAGUCUCGUAGACUAUGCUCGCGGCAAACCACUAGGUGAGAGUCAGCCGCCUGAGGGCUUUCCGGUCUGGAAUCCUUUGCCAGACCCUGGGUUUGGCAAACAACCAUCUGCGGCACCGUCGGGCUAUGUUUCGGGGUCCAAUAGCUCCUCAAGCAACGAUCCAUUCGGAUUUGGCGACCCAGGCCUCCGCUGAGAGCUCAGCUUUGCACUUUUGCAUCUGGCCAACCCAACACAGAGUAGAUUGCGUGCAACGCGGUGUCAUUAGCGACACUGACGAGCGCAACCUUCUCAAUGACCCCAGGCUGCCAUGGCAUACGACUUUGAUGAUGGAUGCUGUAGAAAGCUUAUGAUUUAAUGCGAACCAACAGCGCGGAAUAUACCAAGCCAUAUUGGGCUAUGUUAUCACCAUAUGGUACGAUUUUUUGGACCACUCCUCUCCUUGUAUCUCAGCUGUGAAUAGCAGUUUUUUUAAAAACCCCCCCCCCC